AUGCUCUCUCCAGCGGAGGCAUCGCCCUACUCGAGGGCUGUGGUAAAUGCCAUGCGCAAGCUAUAUCCAGAGGCAUUGGCGGAUAAAAGCUUCGAUAACACUGGGCUACUGCUUGAAGCACCAUUCGACCCUCUUCGUCGCCAGAUGAACUCGGUCUUGCUGACAGUCGACCUCACCAAGGCCGUUGCCGACGAAGCCAUCGAGCGACAAGAUUCCAUCGUAAUAGCCUAUCAUCCGAUCAUCUUCAGAGGUCUCAAGAGCUUGACAUUGGGAGAUACCCAACAGCAGUCUUUGCUUCGACUAGCAGCAGAAGGCAUCAGCGUCUAUAGUCCACACACUGCUGUGGAUUGCGCAAGAGGUGGCCUCGGAGAUUGGUUAGCAGAUAUUGUGACUGGGACACCAACAGAUCCAUCCGAGCUGGACGCGCUCAACUUGGGCAAUCAUCAGCACAAGCGCUACCCGAUCACCAAGACGUUGGUUGAAGGUUAUCCAGGCGCAGGUAUGGGUCGCAUAAUCCGUCUCGCAGAACCGGUCCCACUCAUCGACAUCAUCGAUCGCAUUGGACUAGGUAUGGGACAACCGAAAGGCUUUCAACUCGCAGUACCACAAGGAAAGCAAGCCAGCGACAUCUCCAUCUCCAGCAUCGCGCUCUGUGCCGGUUCGGGAGGUGGUCUCUUCUCGCAAGCUGAGAAGAAUGGUGAGGACGUGGAUCUCUAUUUCACAGGCGAGCUGUCACAUCAUGAAGCUUUGGCUGCCAUCGAGAAAGGGAAGAGUGUGAUAUGCUUGUUUCAUUCAAAUACGGAACGCGGGUUUCUGCACAGUGUUCUGAAAGGACAGCUAGAGAGAGAGGUCAAGAAAGAGUGGGAGAAAUUCAGGAGUAAGGAGAAGCUAAGAGACGGGAUUCGUGAGGAUUACCUUGAGGUUUUGGAGGAUGCGAGUUCGGAGAUUCAUGUUAGUGAGGUGGAUAGGGAUCCUUAUGGGAUUAUGAUAUCUAAGGCAGAGUUAAAGUGA